AUCUGUAUCGCUAGGUUUCCAGGCGAUAAUGGUAGGAGAUUCAUCAAUUGUGGUUUGUGGUGGUCAGGAAAGCAUGAGUCAGGCUCCUCAUGCUCUGCACCUACGUUCACCAGUUAAGAUGGGAUCUGCAACGAUGGUAGAUACAAUGAUGGUAGAUGGAUUAACGGAUGCAUUCCAUGGUUGCCACAUGGGAGUAACAGCUGAGAAUGUAGCAAAGGCUUGGAAUUUAACACGAUUGCAGCAAGAUACUUUUGCCCUUAAAUCUCAAGAAAAAGCAGAAGCUGCUCAACAAGCAGGUUACUUUGACCAGGAGAUUGUAAAAGUUUUGGUUCCGGGCCGGAAAGGUGCAACAGAAGUGAAAAUGGAUGAAUAUCCACGGCAAGGCUCCACCAUGGAUGGGUUAGCUAGAUUGAAACCUUGCUUUGUUACUGAUGGAACUGGCACAGUAACAGCAGGAAACUCAUCAGGUAUCAAUGAUGGUGCUGCAGCAUUGGUGUUAAUGAGCGAGAAGGAAGCUAAGAGUAGAGAUAUCAAGCUUUUGGCUUCUGUUGUAGCCUGGGCUCAGGCUGGAGUCGAUCCAACCAUUAUGGGUACUGGACCAAUUCCAGCUAUUAAAGCAGCAUUGAAAAAAGCCAGCUGGAGUGUAAAUGAGGUGGACUUGUGGGAAUUGAAUGAAGCUUUUGCUGCCCAGAGCUUAGCAGUACUUCAAGAGCUUGGUAUUGACGUAGAAAAAGUUAAUGUUAAUGGUGGUGCUAUUGCAUUAGGGCAUCCAAUUGGAGCUUCAGGUGCAAGGAUUCUGGUGACUUUGCUUCAUGCAAUGCAACGUCUGAAAAAGAAGCGAGGAGUGGCUGCACUCUGCAUAGGUGGAGGAAUGGGCAUUGCUCUUUGUGUAGAAAGUUUCUGAUAGUUUUGUAAUUGCUUUUCAAAUGUGAUUUCUGGGGAUCUCGUAUGUAUAAAAUGAUAUGGAGAGUUUUUAAAAUUUUGGCUUGCUAAUACAGUAUCUUAAAGCUCAAAUAUGGUGCCUUUUAUACAUACAUGAAUACAUUUAUAUAUACAAGUGAUUUUUAUCUAAAAUUAUUUUUAUUAUAAUAGAUACAUUAUUUACAGUGAGGAGAUUUAUACACAUUUGUGUUUUAAUAAUUCUGGGUCAUUUUUCAAACCACUUUAAUUACCAUGACUUUUAAUGCUAAUGUCUCUGCACUCACCAGGUCACAGCGUUGGCCUUUUUUUUUUAAUUACAUUCCAUGAAUUCCAGUUAACCUUAAAUUGUUUGUAUUAGAGUAAUUUAUAAUUUUCUGUACAUUACCUUUUUAUAUAAAUGCUUUCCUCCACAUUCCAGGAAGACGUUUUUGUUGCAUUGUAUUUUAUUGAGUAAGUAGUUGAAUAAUUUGUUUAAUGGCAAUUAGUCAGGCUACCUCAAAGUUUUCAGAUUAGCUUAGAUUGUGGGAAAUUUUUGAAGAGGCAACUAAUAAGAUCUUGUAGCAGUAUAGUAUGUGCAUAUGAAAACAUUUUUUGCAAUAAACAUGGUGCAGUAAUAUAUUAAGACUAGAUAAACAAUCAAGUAAGAUUUCCAUCUCUAUACUGUAGAAUGCAAAAGUAAUCUAAACUUUGGAGAGGGAAUUAAUAUUUGUAGAACAAGAAAUGUGUAAAUAUAGCCUACAUGAACCACCUGACUUGAUAGUUGCAUUAUAAUUGGAAAAGCCUACAAAGUAAUCAGUACUUCCCUCUUGAUCUGGUAUUAAACUUUCUUUGGCAGAAACUAAAUCUUAACUGUAUAAACAAGUUAAUACAUUAAGGUGUUCAGAGUGCAUAUUUCAUCCAGAACAGUUGUAAGUUGUGGAAACUUCCUGAUAAGCUUGUUAUGUGAGAAGCUUUUAAAGAGACCUACUUAGAAUUAGUCAUAGAUAAAAUAUUAUAAGGCUGUGAUGUUUGUAUAAAAAUUAAAAUAUAUUAUAAAUACUUUUUUGUACAUGUAGAUGGGAUUCUCAAGUUAGAUUUAAAUCUUUGUUAGUCUGGUACUGCAACAGAUGAAUCUCAGUAGGAAUCUCUCAUUUCCAUUUGCUUUCUUACCAAGAUCCAAAGUGUAUUUGUUUUUGAGGUCAACUUUCAAGAUAGUCAUACAUGUGAAAGUUUCUCUAAGUAUUGUAAUUUUGAUUUUUAUAACUAUUGUAUCUCAUAUUUUGAUACUGUAUCUAAUUCUCUCAGUAUAUUUAAAUUCUUAGUGCACAAGUGCAUGUAAGAAGGGCUUGUAAGAUCAUUUUUUUUUCAAUGACUUUGAUAUAACUGGUUUGCAUUUCCUAGUUUUAAUAUAUUAUGAUUCUGAUUAUAGAUUUUUAUAAUUGUCUUGAAAUGUUUACUGGUUUUCUCUCACGCAGAUUGUGUGUGUGAAAUAUAGAUGAAACAACAAGUGGUAUAGAGCUAGUAAGAGUAGCUAAGUAUAUAACAGCAGAUUUUAAAGAGUACGAAUUUUAUUAGAUAACUUGUCGUUUCUUGGAUGUGUAUUUCCUGUGAAUUUUACUUAAAAUUUUGUGUAUAUGUAGGUAUAGGAAUUUGCAUUUCUGGUUGUUUGGAAAAUUAUGUAUAAUGAGAUCUGUCAUUUUUUAAUAUUAGUAUUUCUAGUGAUGGGACGAUAUUUUUUUUUUUUUUUGAUACCAGUAAUUGGUUUUAGGCCAAUACUGACUGAUACUUCGGCAUACUCCUAAUUGUGAUUGCUUGAUAAUGGAUAUCUGUGCGGAUAUUUUGUGCAGGCAAAGUUCCAGGAUUCGAGUCUAUCUAUUUAUCUGUCUCUCUCUGUCUCUUACUUCUUCACCCCCCCCCCUUCCUUCCUCCCACUGAGGCAGGGUGACAUGACAGAAAAGUUGCUCAUUCAGUAUGUCAUCUGAACUGUGAUGUCAGUGCACUUCUGGCAAGAAGUGCAUUGACAUCACAGUUCAGAUGACUUGCCAAACAGCAACAUCUGGUUAUCCCUCCUUCAGGGUGCACCCACUGUAUGUCUUGCCUCCAGGACUCGAGUUCAACUAACUGGUUUCCCUGAAUCCCUUCAUAAAUAUUACAUGAGAACAUAAGAAAGAAGGAACACUGCAGCAGGUCUACUGACCCAUGCAAAGCAGGCCCCCCCCCAUUAGCUCAACACCUCUUUUACCCCCUACCUCUAGCCUUUCCUGGGAUGACCCCUACCCUACUCCCUCCACCCCAGAUUUAUAUGCCCUUCUGUUCAUAUUAUUCUUUAUCUUCUCCAAACCAUCUCAACAGCCCCUCCUCAGACUUCUGAAUAAUACUUUUAGUGACUUCAUACCUAAUCUUCAAAGUCUGAAUUCUUCUUCAUAAUCACACCACACAUUACCCUCUUUCAUACAUUUAUUAAACAAAAGUACCAACCACUCCAACACUAUAUCAUCCCCUGCUUUUAACAUUUCUGUCAUGAUCCCAUCAGUUCCAGCUGCUUUACCCCCUUUCAUUCUAUGUAAUGCCUCACGUACCUCCCCCACACUUACAUUCUGCUCUUCUUCACUCCUAAAAGAUGGUAUACCUCCCUGGCCAGUGCAUGAAAUUACCGCCUCCCUUUCUUCCUCAACAUUUAAAAGUUCCUCAAAAUAUUCUAGCCAUCUACCUAAUACCUCCCUCUCCCCAUCUACUAACUCCCCUACUCUGUUUUUAACUGACAAAUCCAUACGUUCUCUAGGCUUUCUUAACUUGUUUAACUCGCUCUAAAAUUUUUUCUUAUUUUCAUUAAAAUUUCUUGACAGUGCCUCUCCCACUCUAUCAUCUGCUCUCAUUUUGCACUCUCUCACCACUCUCUUCACCUUUCUUUUACUCUCCAUAUACUCUGCUCUUCUUAUAACACUUCUGCUUUGUAAAAACCUCUCAUAAGCUAACUUUUUCUCUUUUAUCACACCCUUUACUUCAUCAUUCCACCAAUCACUCCUCUUUCCCCCUGCCCCCACCCUCCUAUAACCACAAACUUCUGCCCCACAUUUUAAUACUGCAUUUUUAAAACUCAGCCAACCCUCUUCAACUACUCAUCUUUGCACUAGCCCACCUUUCUGCCAAUAGUCGCUUAUAUCUCACCCAAACUUCCUCCUCCCUUAGUUUAUACACUUUCACUUCCCUCCUACUUGUUGUUGCCACCUUCCUCUUGUCCCAUCUACCUCUUACUCCAACUGUAGGUACAACUAAAUAAUGAUCCGAUAUAUCAGUUGCCCCUCUAUAAACAUGUACAUCCUGGAGCCUACCCAUUAACCUUUUAUCCACCAAUACAUAAUCUAACAAACUACUUUCAUUAUGUGCUACUUCAUACCUUGUAUAUUUAUCCUCUUUUUCAUAAAAUAUGUAUUACUUAUUACCAAAUCUCUUUCUACACAUAGCUCAAUUAAGGGCUCCCCAUUUACAUUUACCCCUGGCACCCCAAAUUUACCUACUACUCCCUCCACAACAUUUUUACCCACUUAAGCAUUGAAAUCCCCAACCACAAGUACUCUCGCACUUGGUUCAAAACUCCCCACGCAUUCACUCAACAUUUCCCAAAUUCUCUCUCUCUCUCUCUACACUUCUCUCUUCUCCAGUUGCAUAUACACUUACUAUAACCCACUUCACAUCCAACCUUUAUUUUACUCCACAUAAUCCUUGAAUUAAUACAUUUAUAGUCCCUCUUUUCCUGCCAUAUCUUAUCCUUCAACAUUAUUGCUACUCCUUUAGCUCUAACUCUAUUUGAAACCCCUGACCUAAUCCCAUUUAUUCCUCUCCACUGAAACUCUCCCACCCCCUUCAGCUUUGUUUCACUUAAAGCCAGGACAUCAAGCUUCUCAUUCAUAACAUCCAUAAUCAUCUCUUUCUUAUCAUUUGCACAAAAUCCACGCACAUUCAGACUUCCCACUUUGACAAUUUUCUUCUUAUUCUUUUUAGUAAUCUUGACAGGAAAAGGGGUUACUGGCCCAUUGUUCCCGGCAUUUUAAUUGACUUUUACAACACAUGGCUUUCGGAGGAAAGAUUCUUAUUCCACUUCCCCAUGGAUAUAAAAGGAAAAGUAAUAAGACCAAGAACUAUUAAGGUAAAAUCAAAGAAAACUCAGAUGAGUGUGUGUAAAUAAACGUGUACAUGUAUGUGUAGUGUGACCUAAGUGUAAGUAGAAGUAGCAAGACAUACCUGUAAUCUUGCAUAUUUAUGAGACAAAGAAACACCAGCAAUCCUACCAUCAUGUAAAACAAUUACAGGCUUUUGUUUUACAUUCACUUGGCAGGACGGUAGUACCUCCCUGGGAGGUUGCUGUCUACCAACCUACUACCUAUGUAUGAAAGAGGGGAAGGUACCUAGGGAUUGGCGGAGAGCAUGUAUAGUCCCUUUAUAUAAAGGGAAGGGGGACAAAAGAGAUUGUAAAAAUUAUAGAGGAAUAAGUUUGAGUAUACCAGGAAAAGCGUACGGUAGGGUUAUUAUUGAAAGAAUUAGAGGUAAGACAGAAUGUAGGAUUGCGGAUGAGCAAGAAGAUUUCAGAGUGGGUAGGGGAUGUGUAGAUCAAGUGUGUACAUUGAAGCAUAUAUGUGAACAGUAUUUAGAUAAAGGUAGGGAAGUUUUUAUUGCAUUUAUGGAUUUAGAAAAGGCAUAUGAUAGGGGAGCAAUGUGGCAGAGGUUGCAAGUAUAUGGAAUAGGUGGUAAGUUACUAAAUGCUGUAAAGAGUUUUUAUGAGGAUAGUGAGGCUCAGGUUAGGGUGUGUAGAAGAGAGGGAGACUACUUCCCGGUAAAAGUAGGUCUUAGACAGGGAUGUGUAAUGUUACCAUGGUUGUUUAAUAUAUUUAUAGAUGGGGUUGUAAAAGAAGUAAAUGCUAGGGUGUUCGGGAGAGGGGUGGGAUUAAAUUAUUGGGAAUCAAAUACAAAAUGGGAAUUGACAGUUACUUUUUGCUGAUGAUACUGUGCUUAUGGGAGAUUCUAAAGAAAAAUUGCAAAGGUUAGUGGAUUAGUUUGGGAGUGUGUGUAAAGGUAGAAAGUUGAAAGUGAACAUAGAAAAACAGUAAGGUGAUGAGGGUAUCAAAUGAUUUAGAUAAAGAAAAAUUGGAUAUCAAAUUGGGGAGGAGGAAUAUGGAAGAAGUGAAUGUUUUCAGAUACUUGGGAGUUGACGUGUUGGCUGAUGGAUUUAUGAAGGAUGAGGUUAAUCAUAGAAUUGAUGAAGGAAAAAAGAUGAGUGGUGCGUUGAGGUAUAUGUGGAGUCAAAAAACGUUAUCUAUGGAGGCAAAGAAGAGAAUGUAUGAAAGUAUAGUAGUACCAACACUCUUAUAUGGGUGUGAAGCUUGGGUUGUGAAUGCAGCAGCGAGGAGGCGGUUGGAGGCAGUGGAGAUGUCCUGUCUAAGGGCAAUGUGUGGUGUAAAUAUUAUGCAGAAAAUUCGGAGUGUGGAAAUUAGGAGGUGUGUAGUUUCUAAAAGUAUUAGAGGGAUGAAGAGGGGUUGUUGAGGUGGUUUGGUCAUUUAGAGAUAAUGGAUCAAAGUAGAAUGACAUGGAGAGCAUUUAAAUCUGUAGGAGAAGGAAGGUGGGGUAGGGGUCGUCCUCGAAAAGGUUGGAAGGAAGGGGUAAGGGAGGUUUUGUGGGCGAGGGGCUUGGACUUCCAGCAGGCGUGCAUGAGCGUGUUCGAUAGGAGUGAAUGGUAUUUGGGACCUGACGAUCUGUUGGAGUGUGAGAAGGGUAAUAUUUAGUGAAGGGAUUCAGGGAAACCAGUUAUUUUUAUAUAGCUGGACUUGAGUCCUGGAAAUGGGAAGUACACUGCCUGCACUCUAAAGGAGGGGUUUUGGGAUAUUAGCAGUUUGGAGGGAUAUGUUGUGUAUCUUUAUACGUAUAUGCUUCUAAACUGUUGUGUUUUGAGCACCUCUGCAAAAACAGUGAUUAUGUGAGAGUGAGGUGAAAGUGUUGAAUGAUGAUGAAAGUAUUUUCUUUUGGAUGAUUUUCUUUCUUUUUGGGUCACCCUGCCUCGGUGGGAGAUGGUCGACUUGUUGAAAAAAAAAAAAAAUUACCCUCAAACAUGACAUCUCAGCUGCCUCCAACAACCUUCUCACUUCAAUGUUCAAAACCCAUGCUUCACACCUGUACAACAAUGGAUGGUGUAUCAUCGGCAGGUUAUUAGUAUGAGGUCACUUCUUUCAACGUACCAGUUGUAUCCCACUGAGGUGGGGUGGCCCAAAAGAAAAAACUAGAGGUAUUUGGUAAUAUUAUAGUACAGUAAACCCUUGGUAUGAUGAGCUAAUAGGGAAAACAGGUGGCCACUAAUGGCAGUUGUGGUGGAUAGAGAAAAAAUUAUUCCUCGAUAGUAACAAUAACCAAAAAUUCUGUAACUGAGUAACUUUGUCCGUUGUUUCUGAAUCUGUUCGCCCAGUGAAUUUUAUUUUAUAUUGCUGAGUCAAUUGUAGAAAGGUGUGUUAUAUUGAAGGUUUACUGUACUUAAAAAUAUGAGGAAUAAGAGGGCCCAGUAUGCUGCCAUUUCAUAGUGUAGGCAAGAUAAUUCAAGGUUGCAUUUUGAUGUUACUUAUGAUAGGAUGUAGUUACCAGUUUGGUUCCUAAUUCCAUAGUGCUGUUUUUUGAAGAGGAGUUUUAUGAUUGUGUUGAAACUUUCAUAGUCCGUGGUCUUAAUAGGUAAUUGAAUGCUGUGCUAAUUGUGUAGCAUUUUAAAGAUGGUGUCAUUUAUUUUUUCUUUCUUUCAACGCACCGGCCGUAUCCCACCGAGGCAGGGUGGCCCAAAAAGAAAAAGAAAAGUUUCUUUUUUUUAAAUUUAGUAAUUUAUACAGAAGGGGUUACUAGCCCCUUGCUCCCGGUAUUUUAGUCGCCUCUUAUAACACGCAUGGCUUAUUGAGGAAGAAUUCUGUUCCACUUCCCCAUGGAGAUAAGAGAAAAUAAACAAGAACAAGAACUAGAAACAAAAUAAAAGAAAACCCAGAGGGGUGUCUAUAUAUAUGCUUGUACAUGUACGUGUAGUGUGACCUAAGUGUAAGUAGAAGUAGCAAGACGUACCUGAAAUCUUGCAGGUUUUAUUUUUUUUAUUAUCACACUGACCGAUUCCCACCAAGGCAGGGUGGCCCGAAAAAGAAAAACUUUCACCAUCAUUCACUCCAUCACUGUCUUGCCAGAAGGGUGCUUUACACUACAGUUUUUAAACUGCAACAUUAACACCCCUCCUUCAGAGUGCAGGCACUGUACUUCCCAUCUCCAGGACUCAAGUCCGGCCUGCCGGUUUCCCUGAACCCCUUCAUAAAUGUUACUUUGCUCACACUCCAACAGCACGUCAAGUAUUAAAAACCAUUCGCCUCCAUUCACUCCUAUCAAACACGCUCACGCACGCCUGCUGGAAGUCCAAGCCCCUCGCACACAAAACCUCCUUUACCCCCUCCCUCCAACCUUUCCUAGGCCGACCCCUAUCCCCCCUUCCUUCCACUACAGACUGAUACACUCUUGAAGUCAUUCUGUUUCGCUCCAUUCUCUCUACAGGUUUAUGAGACAGAAAAAAGGACACCAGUAAUCCUACCAUGUAAAACAAUUGCAGGCUUUCGUUUUACACUCACUUGGCAGGACGGUAGUAUCUCCCUGGGUGGUUGCUGUUUACCAACCUACUACCUAUGUGUCAUUUAUUUUUGUGGGUUCUAAAUCCAAAUUGACAGGAAGUUAAAUGUUUUGGGAUGUAGGCAUUUAGUACAUAAAUUGUAAAAGUUUUUCAUUUAUUUUAUAUAGUACUGACAGGUCAUUGAUUACAAUUUUAUCACUAUCUUUUAAUGUGUGGAAGUGUCUGAGAUUAAGGUGACUUGUUAAAUCAGAGUGGAUUGUAGAGAUAGUAUGUGAUUAGGUGUAAGGAAUUUGUGGUUGUUGGUUAGCUUGUAUUGUGAAGAAUUUAAAUUUUUAUAACUAUCAUUAACUGAGGGUAAUAAUGUUCCAUUUUUUGGAGAGAUUUGUUUCAUAGCUUACAUGUUUUUCAGUUGAGAAUUUAUAACGGGUUUCCACAUUGUUUUUCAUGUUGCCAUUUGCUAUGCAAAAUUUGUCAUCAUAGGCCUGACUGGCCUAUGAUUAUCAUAAAUAGUGUUGAGUAUCUUUUUGACAUUCUUGUGAUUUUCUUAGCUUUAUUUUGCACUCAUGUUCCAUGUCAAUAAAUUGAGGUAAACCUCUUGUAAUCCAUGAGUUGUCUAGUAUUAUUCCAUGAAUUUGUUAAGUUAAUAGAGGAUAGUGUGUAUUGUAGAGGCUAACAGAGAAUCUGUUGGUACUAUUUUAGAUAGUAUUGAUAGGCAGUUAAAUUAAUUUAUUUUCUUUGUUGGUGGCAGAAAAUAAUUAUUAUAGAAUGGUGUGUUGGGAACUAGGAAAAUACAAGGCGCUUGAAUUGAUGGCUGUCCAAAGUAACAGUAUCUCAACGAUUUACUGUACUCUCUCAUUCAUUCUGAAUAAGCAAGGCAGCUGUUUUAUAACUAUUUUUGCUAUAAAUGUGACUUAAAGUUUUUCUGUUUAUGCUAAAUUAUAAGGAAUUAUUGAAGGUGCAUAAGAGUACAAUAUAUAUGGUAAACAAGUAAGAGUAUAAUAUAUUGGUAUUUAACUUAUGGUAACUAGCAGCAAUUUCUUAUUCUUGAUGUUAUUACUAGUGGUAUUGUUUAAGAAGAUAGCAGUAAUUUUGUUAUGAAGAGGAAUUGGUAAUUAUCAUUUUGAUAUAUAGGAAAGGGAGUGCAGGUUAUGCAUGAGUCACUAUUGUGAAUGGUUAGUAAUGGGAAAAGUCUGAUAUGAAUAUAUUGUAAGCCUACAGUGAAAUGUAACAGUAUUUAGUCAUGCAAGACAACCUUAUUUGAAUACUAAAAGUAAUGCUAUAUGUACUGGUAGUGUAAUUUACGUAUGCCUUAAAUAAUAUUUGUAAUUGAUUUACCGCUACAUUUUAAAAUAAUUUUUCACUAUGUACUUUGAAAUUUCAUGCAGGUAAUUAAUUUUGGAAUAUAUAUUUUAAUAUGCACAGCACAUACUGUUUAGAUAACUUCAUCGUCUUCCAAAUGUGAAAGAAUAACAAAGGGGAAAUUUUAUUUUUUAAAUGUUUUUAAAUUUAGUUAUAUACACCUACCAUCUGACUUACGACCUGCUCGACUUACGACCACUCGACUUACAACCGUGUUUUUUAUGCCAAAUUUUUGGGAAAUAAACAACUGUGUGUUGUACACAGUGUUUAUCCUAAACCUUACAGUAUAAAAUACAGUACUAACAACAUAAAAAGUAAAGUAAAACAUGAAAUGCCAAAAUAAAACAAUAAAAUAGUCAUUACAAAAAUGUUUUGUUGAUAUUCAGUAGUAAAGUUCAACUUACGACCAUUUCAACUUACGACCGGUUUCUCGGAACCGAACUCGGUCGUAAGUCGGAUGGUAGGUGUAUUUCAAUGAGCAUAGUACAUGUUAUUGGGUAGUUUUAUUGUCUUCCAUAUAGAAAAUGAUGAGCUAAGGUAAAUUCUCUACAUUACUUUAAAAGUGGUAGUACAGUAUUGGCCUGAUAGUUUUUUAUCUUCAAUACUGGUACCAUGUGUGUGCAGUUAAAAACCCUGCAAUGCAGAUUGAAUGGCUAUGACUUGCAUCAUGGAUUUUGUUUUAUCAUUAAUGUAUAUAUAUAUAUAUGAGUAUAUUUAGCAUUGUUAAUCAAAUUUAUACAGUAUUAGAAUAUAAAUAAUAACUAGUUAUUAAGGCUUAAUGCCACUUAAAGAGUUUAUAUUGUUAUAAUUGUGAUAACUGGUUAUUUUUUAAAUAUAUGUAUUUUUGUUAUAAAUUUCAUACUGUUGUCUUUGAAAGUUAUACUAUUGUUAAUGUUAACUUCAGGUACUAUAUGUAUAUGUAAGGUAAAAUAACAUUCCUUAUCUCCUGGCACUUAUAAACUUAUUAGUGUUUUUAAUUGGUAAUUUUUUAAUAUUAAUAUUUGGCCAGGUAAAAAGUUUAGAGAAUGAGUGAAUUUAGUCCCUCUUAUAUAGUUAUCACUCAGUUUUGAGUGAUUGUGAAAACACUUGGCAACUCAAUAUUUUAUUAAAAAAAUUGUGCUGCUACAUAUGACAGUAGCCAUAUUAUUUCGAAAGUUUUAUGGUUAAUUGCUCAUUGUAAGUUAAAAUUCUAGUUCUGUCUAAGAUAUUUGGUGUAGGUGUUUGCAGAUAUUUUAAAUUAGUGUUGUAUUUAGUCUUGCAUAAGCAGCAUGAACGAAUUCCUUUUUCUCAUUAUUAGGUGAUGGUGUAUGCUUUUUCUAGUUUAUUAAAAAAAUUAAUCUUG